AUGCAGCUCUCGAUCCAGGGCUCUGACGUUGUAGUCCGCACCGAUCUCACGCUCAACAACACCAAGCUCACGCCGCCGAGCAGAUGCUCUACCAACUCUUGUGCACGCCAUACGAUUGCACACUUCUACAUUUGGCACCCCAAGGACGUCUGGCAGGUGGCGCUGAACGUGCGAGUGCAGGAGGGCCAGGACGUGCGCUACCAGAAGUCCACAAGGAGCUCCCUCCCACGGCCGAGCGCUGCACAAGUCAAGGCCGCUGAAGAACACAUCGAGGCGCUUGAGAGAAGAUGGGUUGAGCGUUGCGUCGCCGAGCUGGGCCCUGUCUCCCAGAAGGACGCAGAGCAGGCAUGUAUCCCGCUCCACCCGCCACGGAGCGCGAGCAAGGUGAUCCACCUUCCGUUCCCGAGCUCGCCUACGAACCCGCCGGGUUCGCUGAACGCCUUGAUGCCUCUUAUGCAGCUCAUCGAGUCCCUCCACCUGCGACGACCCUUCGUCGACUUCGGCAUUCCAUCCCAGCUUGCUCCUGCCGCCCACUGCAUUCCCCGCAACGUUCUUCCCUUCCUCACCUGUUCCGUCCGCAUAUACUCGCACCGCUCGACCUCUGCCACUUUCCUGCCCCCGUCCCCACCGUCAUCGAACACGUCGACAUCGUCCUCAUCGCUCGCACCAUCUGUCUCAUCCUCCGCUGCCACAUCAGGGACGUCCAUGUCGACCCCGCUCCCUGCGUCUUACCAUACACGCCCCGCCAAAAUCCUUAUCUUCUCAGCGGACGGGUACACUGAGUCGAGUGUGCGCGCGCUCACGCUGCUGAUGGCGUGGCGGAAGCUUUCGCUGCCCAAGGCGUACCUCUGCCUGUGGAACGAGAAGCGGAGGUCGUUCUUCGUGUACAGCGCUGGCGUAUCAGCGCUGAUACGCCGACGCUGA